CAGCGCAGAGGGAGACACCGAGUGGAACAUCUCCUUUACCCCAAAAACAGCGCUGCUGCCGGGCUGCUGUGGCCGCUCUCCUCCCGGACCCCGGAACUGCCUCUUUGGGGGGAUUUACGGGAUUUACCUGCGCAUCCGACCGCUCUGGGAAAAUGACUAAAUGUGAAGCAAACGGCGCCGGAGAAAGUGUGCCUUGUUUGGAUCUAAACGGGUCGUGUGCCACAACAUAAAACUCACCAAGGCCAGAGCGAGCCUGGAGUUAGCAUUAGCUAGUUAGUUAGCUCGUUAGCUAACCUCACAGUCUGCUGAUCUUACAGGUGUUUGCCACAAAAGAACCAAACACAGCUUCUAGGUGUGGUUAAAGACAGUUCAAUUCAGAUGUCUCAACUUUUUCUUGACGUGAAUGUGCCUGUUCUACGCGUUUAGCAAGAAUCUAGGAUAAAACGUAGCAACAUUAUUAUUAGCUAUUAGCGCUCCACCUAGCAUUCAAUUAGCUUGUUUACAGCAGGCUAGCCGCAUUAGCCCAGGAGCUAGCGCCGUAACUUUAUCGCUACAUGUGCUUAUUUACCUAUGUAGCUGGGCUUUGCGGGGACUGACUCGACACGAACUCGCCCGUGGGCUUCUGGGAUCAUUUUGUUUGCUGCUAAGUGUGUCGAUUUUGCGCGGCGCUUGUCCUGGACUGACCCACCCACAGGACUCUCCACCCGGGGCCGAUGCUGACAGAUCAGCCCGGAGCACGGCCACGCCAGGAGCCGCUACAGCCAUGCAGCCCCAGCAGAUCUACGACUUUUCCAGUGACGAGAACAGUCACAAAUGGAGAGGCCUCUUCGUGCAAGCUUUACGAAAGGUGCAGAAGCAGGUACAUCCAAACCUGCAGGCAAAGGAGGACGCUCUACAGCACAUCGAGGAGCUGAUCCUACAACUGCUCAACAUGCUGUGUGUGGCCCAACCCCGAUCUGUGCAGGACGUGGAGGAGAGGGUGCAGAAGACCUUCCCUCAUCCCAUCGAUAAGUGGGCCAUUGCAGACGCUCAAUCGGCCAUCGAGAAACGCAAACGGAGGAACCCUCUGCUGCUCCCUGUGGACAAGAUCCACCCUCUGCUCAAGGAGGUGUUGGGGUACAGAGUGGAUUACCAUGUCUCUCUCUACAUCGUGGCCGUACUCGAGUACAUAUCCGCAGAUAUCCUCAAACUCGCGGGGAAUUAUGUGGGAAAUAUUCGUCACUACGAGAUCAGCCAACAGGACAUCAAGGUGUCCAUGUGCGCCGACAAGGUGCUCAUGGACAUGUUCGAUCAGGAAGAGGACAUCGGGCUCAUGUCACAGGGCCCAGAGGAGCCGUCGUCUUCGGGGGAGCUGACCUACGAUGACCUGGUGCGACUGGAGAUAGCAGAGGAGCGUCAGUAUCUCCGAGAACUCGACCUUAUCAUCAAAGUGUUCCGACAUCACUUCCUGUCCAACCCCAAGAUCUUCGCGCCACAGGACGUGGAGGUGAUCUUCAGUAACAUCCUGGACAUUCAUGAGCUCACGGUCAAACUGUUGGGUCUGAUCGAGGACGCCGUGGAGAUGACGGCCGACGGGAGCCCACAUCCUCUGGUCGGGAGCUGCUUCGAAGAUCUGGCUGAGGAGCAGGCGUUUGACCCAUACGAGACGUUAUCCCAGGACAUUCUCAAUAAAGACUUUCACGAGCACUUCAAUAACCUCAUGUCCCGCUCUACUGUUGGACUCUACUUCCAGUCGGUGGCAGAGGGAUUCAAAGAGGCCGUGCAGUACGUCCUUCCUCAGCUCAUGAUGGUCCCGGUCUAUCACUGCAUGCACUACUUCGAGCUUCUACAGCAACUCCAGGAGCGCAGUGAGGAUGAGGACGAUCGCGAGUGUCUGAAACAGGCCAUAACAGCUCUGAUUAACCUCCAGUGCAGCGUCGACCGAAUCUAUGCCAAACAUCAACCCAGACGCAAACCCGGCGAGCCUAUGUAUCGCUUAUACAGUCGUCAGGUGCGCUCCAAACAGCUGGCCAUCAAACGAAUGAACGAGAUCCAAAAGAGCAUUGACGGCUGGGAGGGCAAAGACAUCGGGCAGUGCUGCAGCGAAUUCAUCCUGGAGGGUCCCUUGAUCCGCGCUGGCGCCAAACACGAACGCCACAACUUCUUGUUCGACGGUCUAAUGAUCAGCUGCAAGGCCAAUCAGAGCUCUCGACUCCCUGGAUCAGGAAGUGGCGCCGAGUACCGACUCAAGGAGAAAUUUGUGUUACGAAAAAUCCGAAUUGUAGACCGGGAGGAUACGUCGGACCUUAAACAUGCUUUCGAAUUGGUUGGGAAGGAUGAAAACUGUGCGGUGUUUUGUGCUCGGACAGCAGAAGAGAAGGCGGCAUGGAUGGCGGCGCUUGUGACGCUGCAGUAUCGAUCGACGCUGGACCGGAUGCUGGAUACGGUUUUGCAGCACGAGGAGCAGGCACACCCACUUAGACUGCCCUCUCCGGAAGUCUAUAUAUUCGCAAUGCAGGACAGUGAGGAGAAUAUUGUGUUUGAAGAUAAGGUCCAAAGCAAAACUGGGAUUCCCAUCAUCAAAGCAGGAACUGUGGACAAACUGAUAGAGAGACUCACCUACCACAUGUAUGCAGAUCCUAACUUCGUCAGGACGUUUCUGACCACGUAUCGGUCAUUCUGCAAACCACAGGACCUGCUCUCACUUCUAAUAGACAGGAUUGAGAUUCCAGAGCCGGAGCCCACAGAAGAGGACCGCCAGGCUCUGUGGAACGGCGACCAGCCGAUGGCCGCCGAGCUGCAGAGGUUCAGGAAGGAGUACGUUCAACCGGUACAGCUCAGAGUCCUGAAUGUUUUUCGACAGUGGGUGGAACAUCAUUUUUAUGAUUUCGAGAAUGACCCAGAGCUGAGGAGCAAGCUAGAGGAGUACAUCACCAGCAAAAUACAACUCAGAGGAAAGUCUAUGAGGAAGUGGGUGGAGUCCAUUAAUAAGAUCAUAAAGAGGAAGUUGCAGACACAGUCAAACGGAGUGAGCCAUAACAUCACGUUUGAGAGCCCGCCCCCUCCCAUCGAGUGGCACCUGUGUCGCGCAGGACAAACUGACGCCUUUGACCUGCUUACUCUGCACCCCAUUGAGAUUGCACGCCAGCUCACCCUACUCGAGUCUGAGCUCUACAGAGCGGUGCGUCCCUCGGAGUUGGUUGGCAGUGUUUGGACCAAAGAAGAUAAAGAAAAGAACUCUCCAAAUCUGCUCCGAAUGAUCCGCCACACCACCAACCUCACGCUCUGGUUUGAAAAGUGUAUAGUGGAGAUGAUGAACUUGGAGGAGCGUGUGGCCGUCAUGACUCGGAUCAUCGAGAUUCUGCAGGUUUUUCAGGAGCUCAAUAAUUUCAAUGGAGUUUUGGAGGUCGUCAGCGCCAUCAACUCUGUUCCUGUCUACAGGCUCGAUCACACUUUUGAGGCGAUCCCCGAGAGAAAGAAGAAAGUUCUGGAGGAGGCCGUGGAGCUGAGCCAGGACCAUUUUAAGAAAUAUUUGGCAAAACUCAAGUCAAUAAACCCACCCUGUGUGCCUUUCUUUGGAAUCUAUUUAACCAACAUCCUGAAGACGGAGGAGGGGAACCCCGAUUUUCUCAAACGCCACGGAAAAGAACUCAUCAACUUCAGCAAAAGACGGAAAGUGGCCGAAAUCACAGGAGAGAUCCAACAGUACCAGAACCAGCCGUACUGCCUCAAAGUGGAGCAAGACAUUAGGAGGUUCUUUGAAAACUUGAAUCCGAUGGGGAACAGAGGAGAGAAGGAGUUUGCAGAUUAUCUCUUCAACAUGUCUCUGGAGAUCGAGCCUCGAAACAGCAGGCAGCCUCCACGAUUCCCCAGAAAGACGGUGUACUCUCUGAAGUCUCCUGGUAUCAGGCCUGUUCGCACCUCGACCUCUGGUACUGUGAAAGGCCAUCCGGUCCCACUGGAGAGAGAGCCUCCUCAUAAGAUUACAUUUAGGAGCAUUGCAGAGACAGAGCAGGAACCCCCAACCUCUGCCUCUGUGCCCACGAGCCCAAACACUCCCACUCCCCCACAGUCUGCAUCCUCAGACCUCAGCAGUGUCUUUAUGGAGCACGAUCUCAGCAGCUCAUAUGGAGCAGGCAGUAACUCUAUAUUCGCUCCGGUUCUUCUGCCGCCAUCCAAAUUUCAGUCUGUGUCAUGUGGGAGCCUCCAUCAGCUCGGAGAGGAGCCUCUGAAACCUCCUCCUCUGCCCCCGAGGAGGAAGGACGCUCUGUCAGAGGCAAAGAUGGGUGCUGGCUCGGAUAACCCUCCCGCUAUCCCUCCUCGGCUGCCCCCUCCUCUUCCUCGCACCCAGCCUCGCGGCCCAUACAACGGCCCUCUGCCAGUGGAUGGACCCUUACCCAGCCCCCCUCCCCCUCCACCCCGCGACCCCAUGCCCGAUACUCCCCCUCCAGUACCCCAACGCCCGCCAGAAAUCUUCAUCAACUACCCCCUCAACCUCCAGCCCUCCCCGGUCGGACGCUACCAUUGGGAUUUCGGCAACAGUUCACCAAGUUCGCCCAACACGCCGCCAAGCACGCCAUCGCCACGGGUACCGCGUCGGAGCUGCCCGCUAAGUGCUAGCCAAAACAGUUUGUGCUCAUUGCCGCCAAUCGCUGCUCCACCUGUACCCCCGCGGCACAACUCCAGUCCGCAGCUACCCAAACUACCACCAAAGACCUACAAACGAGAGCUGUUGCCCCCACCCCUCCAAGGCCUCUCAUUGGUGGAGAACACAGAGAGCAGCCAAUAGGGACGCGGCAAAACCAGGAAGUGGUGAUUGCAUGGGUAAUUAGCAUAGUUAGUUUGCCUGUCUCGAAUCGCUGUAAAACAUGAGUGUACAUUGUCGUUUAAGUAGUUUAUGUGCAAAAUUAAGAAAAAUCUUCCAUUAUAUUGUAUUAGACUUUACCUUAAAGUCUUAAUAUAUUACACAUAUUGGUAGUUGGUCAAAAAUUGCUAAUACACUAUAUACACUAUUUUUCAUAAUUUGUUGUAUAAGGCUGCAAAGUUCCUGACACUGUAGUUUCUAACCUCUACAAACAUGUUCUGAAAGGCAUGGGAUUCUUGCAUUAGUUUAGCAGUUCAUAUUUCAGUAUUCUCUCAAAUGUUAAAAUAUAGCACAUAAGCUAGCUAAUUAAAUUGCAAUUUUGUACAUCAAGUUUGCAGCAGAUUCAAGAUGGUUAAGCCAGAUUUCAAAGUUAAUUCCCAGUGCAUUACCCACCAAGCAAGUGUUUGUAAAUUUCAAACUUAAAGCUACUGAUCAUUGGGGGAAAAAAAUAUAUAUAUUGAAAAGGACGCUUCCUCAUUGGCCCGUCUUAGUCCCACCCACCUCUUCCAUCUCUUCUGUCAUUCGCUGUGCCUCUCAGGGGAUCAGUAGCUCCGCCUUCUUCACGACCCUCUGUGCCAAUGAGAAUGAGACACACCGGAGUGCCAGCCAAUCACCAUCGAGCAUGAUUCAAAGAGGCGUAGUCAAAAAAGCAAGAUGGCUGCCGUUCAAAGCACUCGAUAAAGACAUAAAUAGUUGAAGGAUUGGGUGUAGUUUAUGUAUUUAUUGUAAUAAAUGGGAGUGGUAUUUGAACAUUUGGAGAAGCAAAAAUAUUUUAAAAGCAGUUACCCAAAUAAAAAAAAAAAGUUAUAGCUUAUUAUAAUUUGAAAUCAGUUGAUUAAAAUGCACUUAGUAAUUUUAUUCCACAUGGUUGUAGAAGCCAUGUUUUUUCUAUUUCUCCAAGUAUCCAUCUUCAUGCCAAGUACAAAACCAAGAACAAAAACAAGGGACUGAACCAGGACUAAAAACAGAUCUGAACCAGGGAUUAAAUCUUGUUUAACAGGUCUAAACAAGAAUAAAACCAGAUUCUUAAAUAGGAUUAAACCAGGUCUAAACCAGGUCUAAACCAGGUCUAAACCAGGUCUAAACCAGGUCUAAACCAGGCCUAAACCAGGCCUAAACCAGGACUACAUCAGAUCUAAAGGAGGACUUAACAAGCUCUAAACCAGGACUAAACUAGGUCUAAACCAGGACUAAAAUGGAUCUUCUCCCACCACUUCUAUUUAUUACAAUAAACAUUUCGACUUACCCUCUCUUAACCAGAAGCAUUAUUCAAAACCCCAUUUGUUCUGAAUCGAAAAAACAAAACUUUUUGAAUGUUUGACUAAAAAGGGGGCAUCGGACUUUCUCUCUGUAGCCUCAACUUGUCAACUGCUUUAUUUUGGGGCAUUGACAUCAGUUUGGUCCCAUUCACACUAGACUUUUGAACUUGGAAGAUAUUUUGUGUGAUCGGAAGACAUUUGUAUUGAAUAAACUAUCGCCAAAGUCUUAUUUUAUGCAGGGGGAUAAGGGAUUUUUGAUUUUGUUUUUUAACGUUGUUACCGAGGCGACACUGAAUCCCCCUAUUAUGAACCUGAUCUACUUUCACUGUGAUUGUCAAAGAUUAUGGUCCGCGAAAUAAUAAUGUUGCCUUUAAAACACAAGAGGGGAGAAAUAGCCAGGGGACUUCUUCUUUGCACAUUUGAAUGAAAAAAACAAACUCUGCGAAAAUAUUAUACAAGAAGAAAUAUCUGCAAUGAUACAACAUAAAGAUGGAGAUGCAUAAGCCUAGAAAAGCUGAUGUCUUAACAAAAUUAUGUGGUGAAGUGUGUUGGCCAUCUUGGAAAGGAUAAAACUCAAAUUUGCAUAUUAAGUUUGGCACUGCUUGUGUUUGAAUGUUUGUUUAAACAGGUCUAAACCAGGACUAAACAUGGACCUUACUGGUAAUCGAUUUAGAAUUUUGGUACCACUUCAUAAUAAAUAAACCUUAAUUAGUCUUAAUAAAGCAUGAAGAAAGUUUUAAUUAAUAAUGAACCAAACCGAUUUAUAAUUACCAAAGAAACACUGGUACCGUUAAUAAGGGGUACUCCGAAUGUGAGACAAUGCUUAGAGGGUACUCAAGAAGAUGAUGAUUGUGAAACACUGGGAUAGCGUAUUAAGCUUAGACUGUAUAUGUAAAUGAACAUAGCUAACCUGCUAGCCACCCUGUUCUAAAUAGGAAGUGGUCAUGCUGCUUUGCAUGCACUGCUGCUGUUAGACUCGUCAUCUUGAUCUUAAAUGUUCGUAUUAACCCGCUCUACAUGAUCCUAGGGUUUUUAAUUUCACAAUGUUGUCUGUGAUUGAAGAUAUGAACAUUAAUAAUACAAAUAUCAGGCCUUCAUUCCCCAAGGUCGCUCCCGCUAGUAUUAGCAGUAGGUUUGAUUGACAGUGUUGCUAAGCGCCCGCCCCUUGCUAAACCAGCGUUGCGGAUGGAAAGGGGCGUUACCUUCAACAGCCUCGCUCCGGAUUAGCUCUUUGGUUGUUAUGAUACUCUCGGUCGAAAUGCCAAAUAUGAAACUUUGCUCCACAUUGGCCCCUACAACUGCUUGCCUCGAUGAGCUUCAUUUGACUGGAGCUGAACGCUGUGGGUGACGUCACACUUAGUUCACUUCUUUAUACAGUUUAUGAUAUCAAGUCAUUCUUAAUCAGAUGUAUUCAUUAUUUAUUAAAUCUUUGUUCAGGCUUUAUUAAGGCUAAUGGCUAACUGAAUUGUUAACUGAAUUUUUGAAUAGUUUGGUUGUCUGAAAACCCUUAACAUAACCUUACAUAACCUAACCUUCCAUAUUUAAAAACCCGUUUAAGUGAUGGUGCCAAAAUCUGUUAAGAAAUUAUGUUUCUCAUGUACGAGUUUUGUUCCAGUCCAAAUGGUGCAUAGUUUGAAUGUAGCUUAAUAUAACAUCAAGCUGCCAGUUGAGUUUGAACUGUAUUUAAGGAAACAGAGGCUGUUUAUUAGCAUUGAGAAAACUGUAUAAAGAGUUUUUUGUUAUAGAAUUAACCAAGAAACUACGAUAAUAAUCCAGUACCUGAAGUGGUGGUUUUCAGUUAGAUUCAGUUCAAUAUAUAGCACUUUAUCACAAAAACUAAUAGCUCCAUUGGGAAUUGUGUCUAGUUCUGUCUACCCUGGGUUUUAGUUGGUGGCAAUAUGGUGAGAAAGUUCCAGACUGGUAAGUUGGUUGAAAAUGGUAAAAUCUGUCGUAUUCUUUAGUUAAUAUAAUCUUUGGCACUUUCUUAUAUUGUUAAUGUUUGACAUUUUUAAGCCAAUUCUUUCAUUAUUGGUUUACUGGCACUUUGUAUGGGAGACUCGACCAAUCAGAAAAGGCAAAAGUCAAAAUGGCAGCACUUCAGCUACUUUUUACCAAUUAUGUUCAAAAAUUGAUCAACAUUGAGGUGACAGGUUAAAGCCUCAGUAUGUAACAUUUUAGCCAAAAAUCAUCAAAACUUUUUUUUUCUUUGUUUUGGUUGUGUUAACAUGAGAAAAUAAUUCCUUUCUCCAAGCGGGCUUGCAUCUCCACAAACCUGACUCUUACUUGGCCCAACGUGGGCCUUCUCCUGCUUCUUUCCAUGGAAAUGUUGCUUCUUUGGCGAUAUUAUUCCACAGUAUGGCAUCUAUGUCUAUGGAGAAUGUUCCGAGUUAUGGUUUUAACUUUGUUUCCCUGGAAAAUUGCAUACUGUACCUUUUGAAUUAUCAUGAUUUUCUAUAUAACUUGUGACUUUCCAAGAUGGCAGCACACUUGACACAAAUCCGGUAGAGAUGAAUCUGGUAGCGCUGGUAAUAUAGACUUGUAAUAGAUUUGCUUAUAUUGACACUGUGCUUUUCAAAACACUUUCAACUUCAGCACUGGAAGGAUGUCAAACUAAGACCCCCCACCAACACCAAAAAGAAGCCAGCUCCCUCUAGUGGCUGCUCCUACUACUACAACAACACAACAAACUUCUCAAUAUUUUUCUUUCUUUACUCUCUCAGCUUGAAAGAUUUUCGGAAAUAGACUGAAAAAUAAUCCAUAUUGCAUCGGAUGUGCCUUUUAAUUUUGUUUUCUACUUUACAGAAUAAGCAGAUGGUGUCUAAAAUGCUAAAAAUAAAGUUGCCUAUGUCAUGUUCAGAACAAACACACUAUGAAUUGUAUAUUUGUUGUGGAUACCGUGUAUAUAAACCAUGUAUACACUAACUAAAUAAUUUGUAUUUGUAAAGAA